AUGCAGGUACCGAAUAGAGAGCAGUGGAAAGCAAUAUCGCAACGUUUUGAGACUCUCUGGAAUCUUCCAAACUGCAUAGGAGCGAUCGAUGGCAAACACGUCAGAAUUGAGAAGUUUGCGAAUAGUGGUUCUUCCAAUUUUAACUACAAAUCAUAUCAUUCGACAGUGUUAUUGGCUUGCUGUGAUGCUGACGGUUUAUUCACAAUGAUUGAAACGGGUUAUGCCGGAAGAAAUAACGAUGCAGGUAUAUUCAGGGCCUCAGCAAUGAAAUAUUGGAUACAUCGUGGUGAACUUGAUAUUCCUACCCCCUCACCAUUGACUUAUGAUGAGAACUACAGCUCAUUUCCAUAUUACUUUGUUGCCGAUGAAGCAUUUCCGUUGUCAAGAUAUCUAAUGAGACCUUACCCUAAAAGAGUUUUGGAUAAUGUAAAAAGAAUAUAUAACUACAGAAUUAGCAGAGCAAGGAAAACCAUUGAAUGUACUUUUGGCAUGGUAUGUGAAAAGUUUGCUGUUUUAAAUGGUCCUAUUCGCAUUAGAGAGCCCGAAAAUGUGAACUUCGUCAUCAAAGCCGCACGCGUCCUCCAUAACUAUGUACGAAAACUAGAGGGACUUCCGUACGUAUCUACCUAUCCCCAGGACUGUGAACCUAAUGACCACAUCGAUGUAAGAACUACUGCACAAAAUAUGACAAUAAACGAAACCUCUUCUCCAGCCGCACUUAGAAAUUAUUUAGCUAAUUAUUUUCUUACCCCACGAGGAUCUGUGCCUUGGCAAUGGAAAUAUACUAUUAACUAA